AUGAAGUCCUUUGUUGUCGCCGCCGCCCUGGCCUCCAUUGCCGCCGCCAACCCCGGUCUGCUCGACAACGUCCUGAGCAACGCCGGCGUGACCAACAACCAGCAGGACAGCAACAACCAGGGCGGCAACUCCGGCGGCCUCGUUGGUGACCUCCUUGGCAACACCGGCCUAAAGGCCGACGUCAAGCUCCCCGCCGGCAUCUCCAUCUCGGCCGAGCUGGGCCCCAAGUACCCCCCUCCCGCCGGCCGCACCGACACCUGGCACCCGGCCCACCCCGGCGUCGACAUGGACGGCUGCGACGCCAACGACGGCGACUGGCACUACGUCCACCCGUGCGACGAGUGCCAGCACGGCCACCACACCUGGACCACCUCCACGGCCACCAACAUUGUCACCAAGACCGUCAUUGACUGCGCGCCCACCGUGACCGACUGCCCGGCCCGCACCACCGCCGUCACCACAGUCACCACCACCAUCUGCCCGGCCACCAACACCGCGACCGCCACGCCCACUACCGUUGUCCCGGUUCCCGUCACCAGCAGCAGCAGCAGCGUCGAGGUCACCGUCCCGGCCACCACCGAGACUCCCUGCCCCGAGACCACCACCGUCGUGCCUCCUGUCACCACCGUUGCUCCUCCUGCCACCACCGUUGCUCCCCCUCCCCAGACGCAGACUCCCGUCUGGACCCAGACCACCAAGGCUCCCCAGCCCCCUGCCUCGGUCGUCCCCCCCGUCAACGGCGGCAACAACACCAUGACCCAGCCCCCCGUCAUUGUCAACGGUGGUGCCCAGGCCCAGAUCGGCAUCUUUGCCGCCAUCGCCGCCAUCGUUGCUCUUCUGUAA